AGUUUAGGCCGAGCGUAUCCUAUCAUUCAUAGUGUUUUACUGUUUAAUAUCUGCAAGUCAAAAUUUCAGGACCACGUUUGAAGUUAAAAAAAUAAAUAAGGCAUUUCAUAUCCACGUGGAAUAUCCAACAGAAUAAUUCAUAAUGACUGAUGAGGAUGUCAUUAGGCGACGUCUUCUUAUCGAUGGAGAUGGAACUGGUGACGAUCGAAGACUCAACAUGCUUCUGAAGACUUUUAUCAAAUGGUGUUGUACUACUCAUGAAUCACCCAUCGAUAGUCAAAGCACUCUGGACAGGAUCCUCUCACAACUUACCCAAAGCGAAUAUACUUUCACAAAGUCUCGGAUUAUGGCAACAACCAGCUCAGCAGAACUGCAGAACUACGAGAACCUAUUACAACAGAUAAGUGACGAUAUUGAAAGAGCAAAACAAGAGAUAGGAGAAAAGAAGUUGGAAUUCAAAAAGGCCAAGAUAAUUCGUAAGAACAGAGCAGAGUAUGAAGUCCUUGCGAAUGUUAUAAACGAACAGCCCGACAGAAAACAGACCGAUGAGAAAUUGUCUCAACUGAAAAAGGAACUUAAUUCUCUUGAGGAGAAAAGCGAGAAACUUAACGAACAGAUGGAACUUAGGCGGAAACAGUUCCAUGUGUUGAUUGCUUCUAUCCACCAACUCGAGGCUCUGCUAGACGCCAGUGGAGCAAAUGAUAGCCUCGAUGUCUUUGAUGACGAGGACAUGGACAUUCUCAAUAUGAAAUCAGAUGGUGAUCCCAUGGAGGUGUCAUAGUGGCUCUACCGAGAGAUUGUGAUUUUGUGAAAGACACUAAAAGCUGAGUACUAUGUACUUAAUGAUUUUUACAGUAGUUGUGUUGUUAAAACUUGAUUUUAUUAUUUAAGUUUUGAUUUAGGCCUAGACAAUUUGUGUAUUGACUUUGAAUAAAAUGGACGACCUCUCAAUCUUGAACUGUAGCGAAUUUUCCCUAAUGCUUUGUUGUAUUAAAGUACUAAACUAGUUUUAUAUUUAUUAUUUUUGAUCUUAAUAUUUUUUUCACCGGUACUCUUAUAGUUGGUGUAGCCUAAAAGUAGUUAAAAUUCA